AUGUUGACAGACUCAAUCCCCCCAGUUUACUUCGCCAGAGGAAUCCUCACACCCGUCACAACCAGCUCGCCCACCCCAAACAGCCUUACCCAGUGUAGAACUGUCACUAAUACCGGGUGGGUGUCAGCGCCACCGGGACGUGGCACCAGCGGCAUAUUAUGGAUAUGCUUCUCCGUCAUCCUGCUGUGCUCAUACAAAUGCAUCCAUUUGGACAUACCCUCCCAGGCGGAGAUCCAAGCCGAGUUUCCAAAGUGGGACAGAUUCCGGAACAUCUUGAGAAAGGUCUGGUGGAUGCUCGUCAUGUGCAUCGUGCCCGCGGUGCCGCUCUUCAUCGCCCUGCUCGAGUACUCCAAAGCCUGUGUCGAGUUGAAAAAAGUCCAAUAUGCCCAGGCCGAGUUUGCUUCCUGGUUCCAGUCGACCAGCUGGAAGGGGGUCCAAAAACCGACAAUCACCAUGAGCCACGCUUUUUAUGCAAACAUGGGCGGGAUAGUGCCCAUCUUUUCUUCCGAGAGGCAGCGGCCGGCAGAGAUGAUGGAGAUAUCGAGUGACAAUCAGGUCAACCCUGAAGCCUUCAGCACACAGAAUCUUAUGGUGGAUCAAGAAUCAGGGCCAGCUGUCAAGCACGAAACUCGGACCAAGCCUUUCAGUCUCUGCGAAUAUAUCGAAUUUCUCCGGAGUCUCGAAACCGAUGAGCAAAGAGCUCCAUUCCUACUGACAGAGGCAGACAUUGCGGGUUUCGCGAAAUCUGAUCCCAUCGCCAAACUGGUCGCCAUCAGCCAAAUUCUCUACCUUGGCGUAACUUGCUUCGCUCGAUUGAGCCACAAGGUGCCAAUUUCGCUGCUGGAGUUGAUGACAACGACCUACAUAUUAGUGUCUGCUCUGAUGUACUAUUUUUGGUGGCACAAGCCCUAUGAUGCCCGAUACGUCACCGUCCUUUUCAGCCCCGGCUCUGUUUCCCGGUCUGUCGAGUGUGGUCCGUCCGGGGAACUUCCUUUUCAGCACGACCAGCCGGGUUUCAACGCUGCACUCAAUCGCCAUGGCCAACAUUUCGCUUUGAAUGAGCAGCUCACUUCUGGAGACGGCAACCCCAAACGCGUCAAGAAAGGGACAUUUCAGUAUCACGACCUCCUACACCUGGAGAAGGAAAACGUCAGCAUGGUGCUGAUUUAUGUCUGCUGCCUUACCCUUUCAGCCUCGAACGGCUUCCUUGCCCUACCUUGGGCAUGGACAGUUGGGAGUAGCCAUGGACAGUUCUGA